AUGUCGAGUCACCACAAGCGAAAAAGAUCUCAUUCACGCGAUUCUACACAUCGCUCUUCGAAGUCUAAAAAGUCUUCAAGCUCAACAGAGCAGUCAGACCAUGCCAAAAUUGACGAAGAAAUGCUUCUCCAGCUUCGGGCCAUCUCAUCUACAGUUUCAGAUCUUAAAUCUAACAUGGAGGUGUGUAAUAGAAGAAUUUCCCAGCUCGAAGAUGUCUUUACUAGCGAGAAUAUGACACAUUCUCACUCAGAAAAACAACCAGAGCCUUGCCGGGACGGCGACACGCUUUCGAUUUUGGCGGGAAAUGACAAUCCUGAAAAUUUUGAGGAUUUGGCUAUUGAGCCACCAGAGCAGGCUAUUGAGCCAUCAGAGCAGGCUAUUAAGCCACCAAACUCUGCCGUACAACUAAACACUAGCGAUGAUAUUUGUGGCGACAGAAUUGAUCCUUCAAAACAACAAUCAGUUGAACUCAGCAACGCUAGCGAAGGUCAGCCAGGUUUAUACGACCCCAAAGCUGUUACGACCUCGUGGUCUCCAUCUCAGGAGUUUAAGGAUUUUUUAGAGAAAAAUUUUCGAAGGAAACUAUCCUUUGAUCACAUUUGUGAUAUUUUGGAGGAACAAGCUAUUCCUCAGGUAGAUUCCCUCGUUGCUCCUACUCUAGAUCCACCAAAAGUUUGUGCAGGAGCGAGAUAAAGAGCUCGCUGUUGUUCAACGUGCUAUGUUGAACAUCACAGGCCCAUUAAGCACAUUACAUGACCGUUUAGAAAACAACCUUCCUGUUAGCCCUACUGAGCUCAAGUUGCUUGUUGAACAAUCCCUUUGUUUAGUUGGUUCGGCUAACUCACAAUUAUCGGUACUCCGCCGCAAGAAGGUACUUGCAUCCAUUAACAAAUCAAAAAUUGAUUUGGCAAACCAGCCAUUGCCAAACGCUCAACGAUGGCUAUUUGGAGACGUUUUUCUCUCAAUUGCAUCUAAGGAAGCCGAGCUAUCACGGGGUUUAGCAAAAAAUCUGGCUCCUACGGCCCCCAAAAUUUAUAACCAAGACCCGAAACAACCAAGCAGAAGUUUCUCUCAGUCUACUAAAUACAAUACUCAAAACAACAGGGGUCAGUUUUCUCGUACUCCCCAGUCUCGUUUCCAACGGCCCCCAAAUUACCACACCACUUCGAACAGUGGCAGGUUCUGACAGCAGACCCAUUUAUUCUAGAUGUUGUUGCCGGUUUCAAAAUUCCUUUUCGUUGCGUUCCUGUUGAACAAAAAAAAAAAAUAAAUGACUCAGGUCCGUUCAGAGUCAGAAACACCUAUUUAUGUACAAGGAGGUGUCAGUCCUGUUAACGAAGGGGGCAAUUUGCAAAGUCCCCUUUGCCAAGUCCCCAAGAAGGACGGUGGUAUGAGAUCGGUUAUAGAUCUAAGCUCACUGAAUCAAUACAUAGAAACAUAACAUUUCCAGAUGGAACAUCUUUCCUUGAUAAAAACCUGCCUACAACAGGGGUACUACAUGACAAAAUUGGGCCUAAAGGAGGCAUAUCUUUCGGUCCUGCUGGAAAACCAAAACGUAUCAGUUCAAAGCAGAAACGACGAACAUUGUGUUGUCAAAUCCUGAAAAUCGAGAAACCUGCAUUAAGGAGCAUAGCUCAACUGUUGGGGUUACUAAAAUCUUAUCGUCCGGCAAUCUGGAAGGCUCCUUUUCACUUUCGUUUUCUUCAAGCUUUGCUUAUUCGCAACCUGCACACUUCAGAUCACAAUUACGAAAAUUCAACUUCCAUGCAAACAGAAAACUGAAAUCCAAUGGUAGUUUCAGAAUAUUAUGACAAUCAAUGGCAGCCCAAUUACGGUGCCUCCCCCGGAUGUAACAAUUUUUCCGAUGCCUCGAAACAGAGGUGGGGCAGUCACCAGCAUUUAUCAAACCGAGAAGUUGUUACACAUCAAUAUUCUCGAACUGAAAGCUGUUUUUUCUAAGCCUGAAGACUCUCUUGAAAAACUAUCGUUCAAUGACAGUGUCACUGAACAUAACUAUCGUUCAAUGACAGUGUCAUUGAACAUGGACAAUUCCACCGCGUUUACUUACAUAAAUCACAAAGGGGGCACCACCCGUUGCUAUUACUAGAGCUGACAUUAUAACUGUGGGUUGGCACAAGCAGAGAGACUUAUUUGUCAUAGCCCACCACCUUCCAGGGAAGAUCGACAUUCAAGCAGACCUCGAAUCCAGGCAGUUUCUGGAGGCUCACCAUUGGGAUGCCUUCACGGUGAGCUGGAAGGGACUUGCGGGUUAUGCUUUCCCUCCCUUCAACUUGGUCCCCAUGGUCCUCAAAAGGUCUUGUCGGACCAGACAGAGAUCUUCUUGAUAGCUCCAAUUUGGCAAGCUCAGCGUUGGUGGCCUCUUCUACUAAGUCUUCUGGUACAACAUUAAUUAACCUGUCCUGCUACCAAACAGCAAACAUCUCUUGAAGGAUCCAACCGACCCUUCCUUAAUUCACCGAUGUACCCACGUCUACAUUUGGGCGUAUUUCACAUCUCGAACGUUAGCAAACUACUCAUUUUCAGCCACUCGUAGUUCCGCACGCAAAACCUACGAAUCUAAUUGGCAGCGUUGGAGCCGCUGGUGUUCUACAAGGCAAAUUAAUCCAAUUUCAUCAACUUUUUGAGCAACGUCCUUACCUUUUUGGCGGACUCACUCGCCUCCGGUUUGGAAUAUAGAACCAUGAAUGUUCUGAGAUCGGCUUUGUCAUCAACCCAUCCACGAAUCGACGGUUAUCUAGUCGGACAACAUCCAUAUGUUGUUAACCUGAUGAGAGGUGUUCUAAACAAUCGACCUCCAAAACCCAGAUCCCUAACGUUCACCUUGUUGACUACAAAGAGAACUCGUUUUAUACUUGUUUCCCAGAUGACAAAAGGUUAUGUCUGAUAGCUUGUUUCCAACAUUACAUCUCAAUGACGGUUGAAUUUAGAAGAAUUAUGAAGGACCAACCUAAGUUGUGUCUUUCAUUUAUUAUGUACCUCACCGAAACAAUUUUAUUAUAGACCAAUGGUAUCAACACCAAACUUUGGUCGUGUUGGGUUAAACUAAUUGUAAACAGGUCUUUAGACUUAUUGUAUCUACAGAGCUAAAUAAUAAAGUUCUUUUUGGCGGUUCACCAUUGUAGUGUUAAACUCUACCGCUAGUAUUCUCAUAUAUUUCGACCGGAGUUCCCGAAAUAUAAUUCGAAUUAUACUAGGGCUGUUCCAGCCUGCAGGUAUAAUUUAGGUUAUAUGAGGGAACGAAGGGAGAAAUAUAUGAUUCCCACCCUUAUACCCGCCCAGUUCAUCUCAGGGUUAAAUAAGCCACAGGAGGAUUAUGGGACGGGUCAGAUCAGGGGGGUGUUGGGGUUUUUGCCAGAGAUUUCUUUGGGUUAAAAUGUGAUGUGAAGCACAGAUUGGUAAUGCCAUACCGCUAGUAUUCUCAUAUAUUUCUCCCUUCGUUCCCUCAUAUAACCUAAAUUAUACCUGCAGGCUGGAACAGCCCUAGUAUAAUUCGAAUUUUUGUCGACCGCUAUAUUAGUGUUUACUUGUAAUUCUACUAUUGCGAACAUGUUAUUCAACUUGGAGACAAACGUUUUGAAGGCUGAACUGGUUAAUAUUUGACGUACUAAAAACGAGUAUGCUAUAAGCGAAAUUAUGGCCAUAUUUGAUCAUACUAUCUAUGAUACCAUACAGUUUAAACUGACACUAUUACAGCAUUAUAACUAUUCACGGCAAGGAGUGAUCGAGUGGAAUCACUGCAGUGAUGUUUUCAUGGUUUAUCUUUCCAACGCAAGUACGAAAAUUCAUUACUCAUUACUCAUUACUCGGAAUACAAACACCCCUAAACGAGGUAAACUGGAGCAACGAAAGAAAGCUAAAACGUUAAUUUAUAAACUUCUACUUAUAGUUGAAAUAUUAAUAUAGAUCAACAGAGAAUCAGGCAAAAUUACAUCAUGGCCAAUAUGCUUAUUCUCAGCACGAAAUUCACGAAAUAUGUCAAGAUAGACGAAAAUGUUUUACUUACCCUGAGUACCUACUGUAACAUUCCUGUACAUCACUCAAAAGUGCCAUUAAAGCAAUGGGUUGGAGUUAACACAAGCUGGGUUAAAAAAGAACAAGAAGUCGGUUUUGAAAAUUUUAACUUCUUCCACAGGUAUUAGCAGGUGAUAGUGUAAACACUUUUGCAUUUUCUUUUUUAUUUAAGGUGCACAAUUAUAUGAUUACAAAUAUACUAGUUUCAAAUUACAAAUAAACAGGUAUAAACCGAAAACAACCAACAAUGAAUCAUUACAUGAUCGAUGCUAAUUUGCUAAUGCCACUAAUUCCAAUGGACAUUUGCAUUAUAGACUAAAUUUUGAUCUAGACAAAUAUUUCAUCGGAGCUUGAAAGAGCAUCACAAAAUUAGUAAUAUUCCAAAGUUUCGUUGCGAAAUGAUGUAAAAUGCAGAAAAUAUAGCCUUGCAAAGAUUGCAAUUUUCAGUCAUUUUAGAUUACAAACGGAAAAUUGAUGCCCCAACACCCGAUUGGGCUGUCAAUUUCGCGUGCGUAAUACAAAAUGACUGAAAAACGGCAAACUUCGCAUGGCUAUAUUAUCCACAUUUUACAACAUUUCCCAACGAAACUUUGGAAUAUUACUAAUUUUGUGAUGCUCUUUCAAGCUGUGAUGAAAUUUUUGUCUAGAUCAAAAUUUAGUCUAUAAUGCAAAUGGUCCAUUAUUUCGUAAUUUUGGGUUGUAUGUCCACUGUGCCUUAUAUAGCCUUGCUUGAUUGUGUUACUUUUGUUGAUUGAUUGAUUGAUUGAACGUUGGUUGGUUGAAAACAAAGCAUAAAAAGCCUUUGGAAGAAGUAGUGUUUGUACCAUCAUCAUAUUAAAAAUUUCCGGCAACAAUGCCUUUCGUGUCAAAAUUCGCUGUCCCACUUUUUACAAAUCAUGUAGUACGUGGCAUGCAAAUAACUUUUUUUGUAAGUGUAUGGCUGUCGAAAACGCAUGUUUACGCCUGGGUAACAAAUAAAAUGCCGACGGAGGAGCUUGUAAUGAGAUAGAAACUGUGGGAUAUGGUCUAUACUGUAACUUCGUACCAUUUUAUAGGCAAAAACGGUCGGUACCAGUGCCCCAUGUUGGUCAUGUAUUAAUAGCUCGGACACUGACUGCAAUAAAACUGAUGUGGAUAGAGAAGAAUAG